UAUUAUAAUUAAUCUGUAUUAUCAGUAUAAUUUAACCAGCUAUAAUAAGUUACUAUUUUAUUUUUACGAGUUACUAUACAUCAAAAUGUAUAUGGAAAGUUACAUAUUAGUAUGGCAUAUAGGUCAACUAGAUGAUAAGUUUUUAGAAAAUACACAAAAAUUAAAUUACUAAUUUAGCUUAUAUAAACUACAACAAUAAUCGUACUUCAAUCCCAAAUAAAUUAGUAUCAGUUGCAUAAAUACUCACUAACCAUAUUCCGAUCCGUUAACUUAUACGUACAUUAACUAUAUAAAUCUUAUUAUUUUAACCUGUUAUAUAUACCGUACAAUCAACCUCUCAAAAUUCUUCAAACAUUUACCUAAAAUAUCUUCAAGAUAACUUAACAAAAUAAAAUAAAAUAAAAUCUUCACUAUCAAUAUAUAAAAAUUAUUUUUUUCAAAAAAAAAAGUCAAAAGUCCGAUAUAGUCCAUGUGGCCGGCCCGGCCCGGCCCGAGGUGUUGUCUUUCCCUCCUAUAAAUAUUGUUAACACACCGAAGUCUUAAAUCACACCAUAGUGUUCAUUUUAGACUUCAAACAUACACAUACAACAAUAUUUCACUACUUCCUCCCCCCCCCCCCCCAAAUCAACACCAUGGAAUGUAGUGAUCACAAAACCACAACAACAAUUUCUUCAAUGAAUUCAUCAUCAUCAACAUUUGCUAGUACUAUAUCUACCACUCCAACAAGUGGAUUAUUGUCACCUAAAAGUAGUAUAUUAUUAUCAACUCCUCCAAUGAAUGUUGUUCUUUCUCCAUGUGCUGCUUGUAAAAUCCUCCGUAGGAGAUGUGUUGAGAAAUGUGUAUUGGCACCUUAUUUUCCUCCCACUGACCCUCUUAAGUUCACCAUUGCUCAUAGAGUCUUUGGUGCUAGCAACAUCAUCAAAAUGUUACAGGAGCUUCCAGAGGAACAAAGAGUGGACGCGGUGAAUAGUAUGGUGUAUGAAGCAAAUGCAAGAAUAAGAGAUCCAGUUUAUGGUUGUGCUGGUGCAAUUUGUCAAUUACAAAAACAAAUAAGUGAACUCCAAGCAGAAUUUGCAAAGGCACAAGCAGAAAUCUUGAAUUUAAAAUGUCAAAAUUCAAAUUUAUUGGCUUUAGUUUGCAUGGAAGUAUCAGAAAAUAGCAGCAAUAGCUUAUUAUUAUCUUCAGAUCAUAUUAAUGAUUAUGAAAAUAAUAAUGAUAAUACUAGCAUGUUUUUGGAAGACAACAAUUUAUAUGGAGCUUGGGAACCACUUUGGACAUGAUUAAAAUAAUGUUGUUGUGGUCAAUAUUAUAAUUGUCCCCCAAGAAAAAAGGGGUAGAAAAAGAUAGUGAUAUAUUUUUAGAAAAUUUAAUAAAAAUAUUUAAUAUCAAGGAGUUGGACUUCUUGAAGAUAUCAGAUGU